AUGGAAGCUAUCAAUUCCGCUUUUGCAACAUGCAAAAGGGAGUCCCGCGCUGCACUCGUCACAUACGUGACAGCCGGUUAUCCAACCGCAACCUCGACACCAGAUAUCAUGCUAGCCAUGCAAGCCGGCGGCGCUGAUAUCAUCGAACUAGGCAUCCCAUUCACAGACCCGCUAACCGACGGCCCGACCAUCCAAAAAUCAAACGCCCAAGCCCUGCAAAACGGCGUCCGGAUCCCGGAGAUGCUGCAGAUGGUGCGUGAAGCGCGGAAACGCGGACUUACGGCGCCGGUUGGGUUUAUGGGAUAUUAUAAUCCUGUGAGGGCGUAUGGGGAGGAGAAGAUGCUGAGGGAUUGUAGGUCUGCGGGUGUGAAUGGGUUUAUUAUGGUUGAUUUGCCGCCUGAGGAGGCGGUGCGGUUUCGGGGGGUUUGCAAGGGGUUUGGAUUAUCAUACAUCCCACUCGUUGCACCCUCGACUCCAGACUCCCGAAUCAAGAUGCUUUGCAGCAUUGCGGACUCGUUCGUGUACGUCGUUUCGCGAAUGGGCGUGACCGGUUCCUUGAAGGUGCUUGACGAGGGCUUGAAUAAGCUCCUGGAGCGAGUGCAUGUCUACACUGAGAACCGAGUGCCGACAGCUGUGGGUUUCGGUAUCAACACUCGCGAGCACUUUGUGGAUGUAGCCCGCAUCGCGGAUGGCGUCGCUAUCGGAAGUAAGAUUAUCAGCAUUCUCCGUGAUGCACCAGAGGGAACAGGAGCGCAGAAGGUGCAGGAGUAUUGUCUGCAUGUCACCGGCAGGACAGAGCCUCGUGUUAUCACUCUUCCCAAUGAGGAAAACAGCCUUGAGGAGACUUUAUCCACCGUCUCAGCGCAGAGCUUCACGAAUGGAACAGCUGAAACACCAACCGAUCUGAACACCCGCUUCGGCCAAUUCGGAGGCCAAUACGUCCCCGAAGCUCUCAUGGAAUGCCUCACAGAACUGGAAUCAGGCUUCAAUGCCGCCAUCGCAGACCCAUCCUUCUGGGCGGAGAUCAAAUCGUACGCGUCCUACGCUAACCGCCCUUCAAGCCUACACUUAGCACCCCGCCUGACAGCCCACGCCGGCGGAGCCCGUAUCUGGCUCAAGCGUGAAGACCUCAACCACACAGGCAGCCACAAGAUCAACAACGCACUCGGCCAAAUCGUGCUAGCCAAACGGCUCGGCAAAACAGCCAUCAUCGCAGAAACAGGCGCCGGCCAACACGGCGUGGCAACAGCAACCCUAGCCGCACGCUUCGGCAUGAAAUGCACCAUCUUCAUGGGCGCAGAAGACGUCCAGCGCCAAGCCCUGAAUGUGUUCCGAAUCAGACUCCUCGGUGCACGAGUCAUCGCCGUGCCGGGCGCGCAUCCCGGUGACGGGGGUACACUGCGAGACGCGGUGAAUCAGGCAUUCCGGACAUGGGUGACUGAUCUUGAUAGUACGCAUUUCGUGAUUGGGUCUGCGUUUGGACCGCACCCGUAUCCGACUAUUGUGCGGACGUUCCAGGCUGUUAUUGGGAAUGAGGCGCGGGCGCAGUUCCAGGAGGCUAAUGGAGGGAGAUUACCUGAUGCUGCUGUUGCGUGUGUUGGUGGUGGAUCAAAUGCCGCGGGCAUGUUCUAUCCAUUCGUGCAGGAUGAGGGCGUGCAGCUUGUUGGUGUUGAGGCUGGGGGUGAUGGGGCUGGUGUUGGUCGACACUCUGCCACUUUGGCGCGUGGUUCCGUUGGCGUUUUGCAUGGUGUUCGGACCUAUGUCCUGCAAGAUGAAGAUGGCCAGAUUACAUCGACGCAUUCGAUCUCUGCGGGAUUGGAUUAUCCCGGCGUUGGGCCAGAGCUGGCGAGUUGGAAGGAGUCGGGCCGGGCGAGGUUUGUUGCUGCCAGUGAUCAGGAUGCGUUGGAUGCGUUUAGGUUGUUGAGUGAGACGGAAGGAAUUAUUCCUGCAUUGGAGAGUGCACAUGCUAUUUCUGGUGCGAUUAAAUUGGCGAAUGAGUUGGGUGAGGGGAAGGAUAUUGUGGUUUGUCUGAGUGGACGUGGGGAUAAAGAUGUUCAGACUGUGGCGGGGAUGUUGCCCGAGUUGAUGCCGGAGACUGAGGAGAACUAA